CGGUUAAUGUAGUCUAACUACAGAGUGAACUGAUAGAUUCCAAUCCACCUGAAUUCAGCAUAUGUUAUACUCUACGUGUUUUUAAAAUUACAUUUCCCAUUAAACGUUUAGACUGCAAACAUGAGAAAUAAAUCAGAAUAUAGAAUACAAACUCGUCAGCAGGUGGAAAUGCGUUAUGAAUAUGAAUCUAAUGUUUUAAACAUUGACGUGCUGUAUAGGCGACGCGUGUUCUCUCAGCUGUUAACGUCACAUGACGUCACACAUGUAACCAAAAUGGCGGAAAAACAACAACACGGAAAAGCUCCAGGUGAAGAAGACGACACAUACGAGAUCUUAGAUCUGACGACGUAUGCAUGCAGUCAACAGUGGUGGAGCACAGUGUUUGGAAACAAUUCUGGCCCUAUUGCUGAGAAGUAUUCUGUUGCCACUCAGAUUGUGAUGGGUGGCGUCACGGGUUGGUGUGCAGGAUAUCUGUUUCAGCGGCUGGGGAAAGUCACAGCUACAGCUAUAGGAGGAGGAUUUCUGUUGCUGCAGAUAGCCAAUCAUAGCGGCUACGUCCAAAUUAACUGGAAGAAAGUUGAGAAGGACGUUAAUAAAGCAAAGAGGCAUCUGAAGAAAAAAGCCAAUAAAGCAGCUCCGGAGAUAAACACAUUUAUUGAGGAGGCUACUGAAUUUGUGAAGAAAAACCUUGUUAUUUCCAGUGGAUUUGUUGGUGGAUUCUUCCUGGGUCUUGCUUCUUGAGUUUGUAGUGAUGUCCUGUGGUUCCUGGAAUUACUCUACACGCUCAUGCCAGUUCACAGAAGACUGCUUCACUUGAGUGUUUUCAGUGGAUUUGAUGUUAGAAAGUGAAGGUGAAAGAGAGAUUUUGCCUGGACGGGUCUAAUCCUCCACACGUCCUACAUUCAACACUGAAGCUUCAGAGUCGGUUUACAACACCGGGAUGUAUUUGAAUAAACAUCCAUUAUCUGUCAAAACACAAACCCCGUAAAGCUGUUUGUCAAAUUUUGUUCGUUCUUGAAGUGACUGUGAUGCUCUUAUGGCUUUAAUUAAACUUCAUAUUUGUUCUUGAAUGUUA